AUGUCUUAUAUAGAGGAAGAUAACAUGCUCACUGCCCCAUGGGUAGGUCAAACAUCAUAUAAAAACGGUUUAACUAUUGUUGUUCUUGCUGUAAACCGUGAUAUAGUUGAGAAUAUAUCAGAAGCUUUGAUCCACGUUCAUAAAAAAGAAGACUUUCAGUGGAAAAUUAUUGUUCUACGCUGUAUAGAUUUGGAAAGGAUCAUCAGUCAGUCCGAUAUUACAGGAAGGGUUGGAAUAGAUUUCAUGGUCAUUGCUAUAGAUUUAAGCGCCGUUUUUUGUAUUGAAUGGGUAAGGAAAAUGCUAGAUAAAGUUCACCCAGAUUUAAAAAUGCGUCGAGUGGUAUUGGUGAAUCCUUGUGGGCUCUCUGUUGAUUCAAUGGCUGUGAAUACAAGUGAUGUUUUAUCAUUUUGUAAAGAAAACAAAUUAGAAAUGAUAAACGCAAAUGUUGCUAAAAAGGAUGAAGCAGAAUAUUUAGCUCAGAGGUUGUUGAAUUUUAUUGGAGCAUCAAUUGGUUACAAAACAGGAAUACCUAAUCUAAAUAUAUUAUAA